GUCCGAAACGGGAAAACGCGGAGAGCUUCUCGUCCCUCCUCCCCCCACCUCCAUUCCGGCCGCUCUGCAGGGCCGGCCCAUGCAGGUGAGGCGACGACGCGGCGGCGCGCGUUUACCGGACCGGCGGCGGCCUACCGGAGACGAUGAAGGGGAGACCGCUGUUCAAGAGCCCUCUCCCCCGCAGCUACCUCUCCGAAACCUCCAGCGUCGCGUCCGCCGCCGUCGCCACGCACCGCGUCUACCAAGUCUGGAGAGGAAAGAAUAGAUUCCUCUGCGGCGGUCGGCUCAUCUUCGGCCCGGACGCAAGCUCCAUCGUGCUCACGGUGGCGCUCAUCAUGACGCCGCUCGCGCUCUUCGUCGCCUUCGUCUCGUUCCGGCUCGCCGAGCUCAUCGGGAAGCCGCUCGGCACCGCCGUCCCGGCGACGGCCAUGGCCGUCGGCAUAUUCGACGUGGUGGUGCUGAUUCUCACGUCGGGGCGAGACCCCGGGAUCAUCCCCCGGAACGCGCGGCCGCCGGAGCCUGACGCAGCCGCGACGGAGAGCUUCUCAGGCUCCCCCGCGGCGAUGGGCGCGUCGGCGUCGUGGUCGCUGCCCCCCACGCGCGACGUGUACGUGAACGGCGUGGUGGUGAAGGUGAAGUACUGCCACACGUGCAUGCUGUACCGGCCGCCGCGCUGCUCGCACUGCUCCGUCUGCAACAACUGCGUGGAGCGCUUCGACCACCACUGCCCCUGGGUCGGCCAGUGCAUCGGCCGGCGGAAUUACCGCUUCUUCUUCAUGUUCAUCUCAUCCACCACGUUCCUGUGCCUCUACGUGUUCGGCUUCUGCUGGGUGAACCUGCUGCUCAUCUCCCGGCGCUACGGCGUCAGCUUCGGCAGCGCCGUCGCGGAGUCCCCCGUGUCGGGCUGCCUCAUCGUCUACACCUUCGUCACGGCGUGGUUCGUCGGCGGGCUCACGGCGUUCCACUCCUACCUCGUGUGCACCAACCAGACCACGUACGAGAACUUCCGGUACCGGUACGAGCGCAAGGCCAACCCCUUCAACCGCGGCGCCGGCCACAACAUCGCUGAGAUCUUCUUCUCGCCGAUCCCGCCGUCCAGGAACGACUUCCGGGCCAAGGUCUCGCCCGCCGACCCGGACGCCGCCGCGCUCUACUACCUCGGCCCGCUGUCGUCCGAGUCCCGCAUCAGCUUCUACACCAGGGCCAGCCUCAGCUUCGACAUGGCCAAGGCCAGCUUCGACCUCAACUACUCCGCCAAGCGCACCAGCGUCGCGUCCUCCGACUUCAGCGACAUCUACGGCGGCGGCCACGGGGCGCUCGACCGAGUCUCUACUGCUCAUCAGCAGCCUCGGCACUCCAUCUUCGGCGGGCCUGGCAGGGAGAGCAAGAAGGCGGAGGACGAAGCGGACGCCGUGACGGCGGAGCUCGGGGCCACCAUGCACAUGCGCUACGGCGCCGCCGCAGGACGGACGCGCGGGAGGGAGUUCGAGGCGGUGUGAUCGAGCGCGCGCAUGGGAACGAGGGGGUCGAUCGAUCGAGAAGAAGCAAAUUAAAUGCCCUUCUCAGCUCGAUUCGUGAUUCGUGAAUGUGAUUUGCGCGUGUGCUGUAGGUACGUACGUGUAAGUAGCCUCAGUUUCGUCCUCCUCAUCCUCCUUUUAUAUGUUUGGAAACAGGAUGCCUCAUAUCAUAGCAUUCUACUUCCUGCAUGGUACACUGUAGUUCAAGGCUUCAUGUAUAUAUAGUUGUAUUAUACAUACAUGUAACAUGUAUAUAGGCUGCCUACGCACAUACAUGCGCACAUGAGUUGUGUCACGAUCACAGGUAGUCCUGAUAGGAUUUUGGUAGAGAUUUCAGCGAGAACAAGUGAAGAAUGGGAUUUCGGAGGAUCUAUCCUUCAGCCAAGCAGCAAGACCUGGACAACACAAUCCCGAGGGCUUGUUUAGAACCAAAGGGAUUCGAAGAAGGCUAAAAUCCCUUAAUAUUUAAAAGAUAGAGAGAAAGUUUCUUGCUA